UAAAAACCCAACCUAGAAAAUUCAAAACCCUAAUCCUCUUCCUCUAUCUCCAUCUCUAUCUCACGAAGCUGAAACUCACACUCUCCUCAUCGGCACGACAAGGCAGCAAUCACCCACUCUCCUUUUCAUCUCAGACUCAGGAAAAUCAAAACCUAGCUUGAAGCCGUAGCCGUUCUCCACAGUUGUUCCCUUCCUCUUCACUUCACUGAACCAGGUAUCUCUCUCUCUCUCUCUCUCUUUUUCUGGUUGUGUGAGUUAACUGUGGACGAAAAUUUUGAGAAGGGAUUGGAGGUUUAGGGCAGGUAGUGUUGGCUUUGAGGAGGUGUUUGUGGAAUCGGAAUCGGAGUUUCAGACAUUACCGGCGGUGGUAGUGCUGUGACCGACGACGAUUGGGGUUCAAAGACUUCCUCUUCACCCUCGAUACCGCGAUCACGAAAACUGUCUCCUUCACUUACCCUAAAAUUAUCUCAAUUGGGUUGUCCAAGCUUAUCAGGAUAACUUGUGGUGGAUUUGAAGUUCUUUUUAUUGGAGGAACGUAUUAAUUAUAAUAACUUGGUAAUUCGCCUCAACCAAUCUCACGUCAUAUCUGCACCUAUUUUGGUUUUCAUCUCAGAAGAAUGGUGAAGAAGAAAUUUUUCGACAAGAAGAAGUCUGCAACUUUCCAGUUGCUCUCUCGUGAUUCUUCUGAUCCUAAUUACGACGAUUCACCUGGUAGUGAUCGAGUCUUCAUCCGUGUUGACAACAAUCCAUACUCUGUUGACACUUUCUUUGCGGGCGAUAAUCCCGACAAUGUUGAUGACUCCAAUUCCAUAUUUGAUGAUGCGCCUGAGGAUUAUGAUGCUGGUGAAGAGGGUAAUCGGGUUUUUGGCAGCUCAUCACAGUCGACUGCACAUCCCCUGCCUGACCGCUUGAGAAAGGAAAUUGUGGAGUUAGGGUUUCCUGACGAUGGGUAUAAUUAUCUGGAACAUUUGAGGGAGAUUAAGAAUAGUGGUGGUGGUUCUGCCUUUUAUCACAACCCAAAGACCAAGCUUGAGCAGCUUCCCAAGGAUAUUAAGGCAUAUGACGCAUCGAGGUUGAAGAUUUCGGAAGUGAAAACUGAUCCCAAUGAAGAAUUUGUGUACAGUGUAGCAUCAAAGACGGUUGGUAUAAAAGUUAAGAAAGCGGUUGAUCCUGAAGUAGCUGCAUUGCUUGAUGAUGAUAGUGAUGCCUCGAGGUUUGGUUCAGAUGUUGAGGACUUGGAAGAGGAUUUUGUGAUCCAGGCAAAUCUUCCCAAAGACACAGAUGAUGAUGUAUCAUCCAAUAGUAGGUUUAAUUCAUGUGAGCAAGAGCAGUUUGAGACCAAAGAUGUGAUUGAAGACAAGUCCUUUGGGCAACAACAGAUUGCAGCUGACUUAAGUUAUAAGGGUGGAGCUGGAUGUCAUGUGCCAGUUGCGCUGGUAGCAGAUGAUUCUUCUGUCGAAAAGCCACGAGUUCGCCGUCUUUUGGAUGAGCAAUUUGACAUGCUUGAAAGACAGGAAUAUGGCACUGACGACGACGACGAUGAUGGCUAUGGUUACAUAGCUGAGGAAGAUGAAUCUCUUGCAGAGAAGUUAAAACAUGCCCUUAAGGACAAUGUUGUGGAUGACUUUGACAUUGACGGUAGAUAUAUGGCUCCUGGAGAUCUAGUUCAGGGAAAUGAGAAUCUAGGAAGUACAGAGCUAGUUGAUUCUGCUAGGACUGUAAUUCGCCGCUGUGUGGAGUAUGGUGAGAAGUAUGAGAAUGAUGAUCAAGAUGCUGAUGCAGUUAUUCUAGAGGAAAGUAGUGAUGAAUCUGAAGUGUGGGAUUGCGAGACAAUUGUUACUACAUACUCAAAUCUUGAUAAUCACCCUGCUAAAAUCGAAGCUCCUGGAGCAAGGAGAAAGAAGAAGCUUUCUGAAGUUGUUUCUGGAGCCUUAAAUGAUACCAGUAAUAUGAUAUCCCUUAAAGGAAGAGAAAAGCUGCCUGUGGACUUUUUGCCUCGUGGUAAGAAACCUACUACAGAAAAGGUGAAAAGCGGAGAUAGUUUGAGAAUUGAGCCGCUGAAAAGGAAGCAGGACGAGACAGCCGAGGAGAAGAAGGAAAGAAAGGCUGCUGUAAAGGAAGAACGUAAAGAGGCGCGGCGUAUUAAAAAAGAAAUGAAGGGGCUUUACAAAGGUGAAGCGCAUCGUGCACAAAGAGUAGCUGCGAUAUCAGGUCCAUCUUCCAUUCAUCUUAUGUGAUUUUAGGUGAUCAGUAUUUUGAGUGAAUCAGUUUGCUUUGCUGUUUCUAUCAGUAACAAUCUGAUUUCAAUGAGUUUUGACUUUUUUGAGUAGUUAAAAAAUAGCAAUGUUAUAAUUAGGCAAUCUACCAAUUUGGUUGGUAUACAAUUGUACUUGACGAUACACUAUUUUUAUAAAAAAAAUUUGGGAGUGUUUUUCUCUUGAA